AUGGCUGAGCAAAUUGAAUUGGCAACUCUGAGUCAAAAUGAAGAAGACAAUCAAUCUGCAGAAGAAAAGAAGCUGGAAAUGUCACUUUCUAAACAAUCAGUGGAUAAACAAUGGAAUCUAUUAGGUCCUUAUUUAGGCCAAUACAUUGUCUAUACAGGCGAACAUACUGCUUGGCUGUUAUCUAAUAGUGCCAGUAGUAAAUUUGCCAAGAGUAUCAUUACGCGUUUAACAAACAAGCAAAAUUUAGGCGGAACUCGUCUUGUGCGGGGUUAUGCUGCUGUUGAAGAAAUGACCAAGAAAUCAAAACCAAAACCCACUGUGCCUACAACAGAAGACGAGAAAUCAGAUACUUCUGAAGAUGAACAAGUGAUGGAAGACUAUGACAAUAGUGAAGAAGAAGUAAGAAAGAUUGACCAUCUUAUGUUUGUUAUCCAUGGUGUGGGCCAGAAAAUGUCUGAACGUACAGGCCAUUCUUUUGUUCAUGAUGUCAAUACAAUGAGAAAGACACUUAAAUUGGCUUAUCCUGCAGCAAUGGCUUCUGAACCACAUCGACCUAAUGGUAUUCAAGUAUUGCCUGUCAUGUGGAGACAAGAUGUUAAGUUUGGUAUGGCUGCUGAUGAUGAAGAAGAAAUGGAAGCAGAUCUUGGUAUGUUGGGUGUAGAAGAUGGCUGUCCUACUCUGGAUGAAUUAACACUAGAGGGUGUUCCCAACAUACGUACGGUUGUCUCUGAUGUCUUGUUAGAUGUCCCCUUGUAUAUGACACCGCGUUAUCGUGAGUUGAUGACGCAGAUCAUCACAAAAGAAAUCAAUCGUAUCUAUCGCUUGUUUGGCACAAGGAACCCUGAUUUCCUAAAGCAUGGUAAAGUGUCUAUCUUUGGACACUCAUUAGGGCAUUUGAUAUGUUGA